ACUCUUUUUCUUUUUCAUUUUUCUUUCUAUAAACCUCUAAUAUAUUGACAAUACUACUUUGUUAAAGUUUAAUUCUCAUUUCACUCCAAAUCCCUUCUUUAAAUCUUUGCUUAUCAACUUCAUCAGAGUUCACAAAUUGUAACAUGAACCCUCGAGUUAAUUCGUCGGUUUCUUCGUUUUCUAACACAAGUGUCAAAAGGGAAAGAGAUGCUAGCCUUGAAAAAGAAGUACAAUUAGAGACCAAUAAAGUUAAAAUAAUUUCUCCAAAGGCAUUAGUUGAUGAUCAAGAUCAUGAUGAAGAUGUUCAUGAGUAUGGUACGAGGAAGAAACUUAGACUCAGUAAGGAGCAAUCUGAUGUUUUAGAAGAUAGCUUCAAAGAGCACACUACUCUUAAUUCUAAGCAAAAGCGAGAUCUAGCGAGACGAUUAAGCUCAGGUCCUCGACAAGUGGAAGUAUGGUUUCAGAAUCGAAGAGCCAGGGCCAAGCUGAAGCAAACAAAAGUAGACUUUGAAAUACUUCAAAAAAUUAAAGACCUACGCUUUUGAAGAGCAAUCCGUGCAAAAAAAUGGAAGCUGUCCGGUUGGUCCAUGGGGUUGGAAUAUCUUUUGCUCCUUUUCUUUUGGUUGAGAAGAUAUAUAUUAUGUACAUCUCUAAUAUGCAUCAAUACAAAGAAGCCUUUGAGUUUUCUU